AUGGCCAGAAGAUAUUGGCUCUCCGUCGACAUCCUUUGGGAGCGGGAGGAGCGCGCGGAUGCAAAGGCUGUUUUUGGGAUGGAAGAGCACGACGUCCGCUCGCCUCUCUUGUUGUCGAAGACUGUGGUCGUCUCCGGUCUAGAAUACGCUGGCUCACAGGCGCAAAGGGCGCUGAGUCAAGUCCUAGCCCAACGGAGGCUCGUGCUUGAUGAAGAUGGGAGCACACGGAACCUGCCGGAUGAUUUCCUCAUGGUCUAUGUGUGCAAGGCCGACCCAUGUGAGCGCCCGCCGCUACUCAGGGGACUCCUAGACAAGUUUUCCGUAAGUGCGGAUGUCACGAUCACACCUUCGGCGAGGCAGGCAUAUGCAGCAUAUCGGGGAACACCCCUUUCAACCCCAAGUGGGUCUCCAUUCCCGACUCUCCAAUCGCUCCCCUCUCAUACCGACCACGUGCCCAUGGCCUCACUGCGAACGCCUACCUCCCGCUCUGCCCCUCUUCCAUCCACCCCAUCGCACGGCUCUGUUACGUCGCCCGUGGUAUCCGCCUCUGAUCUCGCGAUACUGCGUGCGCUUGCUAGUCCCGCACCUACUGCCGAAGUCCACGCGUACACAAACAUCCAUCCUUCACUGGUAUCCUACCUACGCGACCUCUUCGCAGCAACACGGCAUCACCCUGUGCUCGACGGCACGUCCUUGACACACCAGGCUCACUUAGACGCAGAAGCUCUUGCCCGUGCCUUCCGCAUUCUCGCCGGCAACUCACUCGGCACAGAGCUCGUGCAGGUCGCUGUAGAGCUCGAACAGGAAAGCUCUGGCACAGAACACAGCGGGAGCACCAACACGGAGAGCGCGGGGGUGACCGGCGGGUGGGAGAAAGAGAUCGUGGGGAUGGACUGGGCUGCACCGCAAGGUGUCCCGCGACCCAGCUUCGACCGACACGGUGACGAGAACACUCCGCUGAAUGUCGACCUCCCGGCGUCCGACGACGGUCAGCAGGCCAUGUCGCCGACUCUGGGCGCACCUACGCCGGCGCCGACUAAGCCGCCGGAAGGGUGGGACGUCUCCGAGGUCGACGUGGCGAGGAUCUUUCCCCGAGUUGUCUCGCACCGGCUUCGCGUGCGCGACGGGCCUGAUCAUGAGGUCAUGGGCAGCGUGAUGUUCCCCGCUGUGAGCAUCCCGCGCGGUUUGAAUCACCAACAGACCGAAGACGAGCCGGCGGUGCGGGAGCGGAGAACAGUCAAGGAUGUCCUUGUGGAGAUCCUUGCUGAUGUUUGA